AUGGUUAACAAGUCCAUGCGGUGCGCGAACAAGGCCGCCGAGAGCGCGUCUGCACGUCUCUGUGCGGACGCCGAAGCAGAAACCGUUGAAGCCGAUGUGUCAUCGGUUGCUGAAGCUUUUCUUCAGCCUGUGUCACCUGGUGAUGCAGGCGCUCGUCAUGAAGACACUCAUGUCUUCACAGAGUAUGAGCUCGGUGUCUCAUACUCUCCUCCUGGUACGGAAGACGGAUCCGUAUCGACGGCGAUCGAAACCAAGCCGCCUACAAAGCGUGGCAUGGAUGAUGCUACGCGUCGUAGCAUCUUUGGUUUUCAUCUGAUGAAUCAGAUGAACCAUCGCCGAAGCGAAGGCGCUCGAGGUCGCAAGACUCGGGCGCUCACAGUGGUGUCGGUUCUUCUAUUGACACCACUUCGCAACGAGGUGCCAGUACUUCUCGUCGGCACGUCGCAAGAAGAGCGGGACCGCAUGUAUUGCGUCUCGCUCCCGAGAAGAAGGCAUGGAUGCCUCCAAAAUCAGUCAUGGAUCACUUUUCGGCGACGAGGAGUGAUCGCUACCGAACACGAUUGUUCGAUUCGUCAAGGAUCCAUCACCUUGACCCCAGUGCGAAAACUAUCGCGCUGA